AUGGAGAGGCAAGUGAAGAGUAUGUUGGAGGCUGGGAUUAUACAUUUCAGUCAUAGCCCUUUUUCAAGUCCAGUUUUGUUGGUAAAGAAAAAGGAUGGAUCAUGGAGAUUUUGUGUGGAUUAUAGAGCACUUACUCGUGUGACUAUAGCAUAUAGCUUUCCUAUUCCAAUCAUAGAUCAAUUGCUUGAUGAACUACAUGGCGCAAUGGUGUUCUCUAAGCUUGAUUUGAGAUCAGGAUAUCAGCAGAUAAGGAUGAUGGAAAGAGAUGUGGAGAAAACAGCUUUUAGAACUCAUGAUGGGCAUUAUGAGUUCUUAGUCAUGCCUUUUGGCUUGACAAAUGCGCCUGCUACAUUUCAAGCCCUUAUGAAUGAGUUGUUCAGGCCAUAUUUGAGGAAGUUUGUGCAGUUGUUCUUUGAUGAUGUGCUGAUAUAUAGUAAGUCGGAGGCAGAGCAUCAACAACAUGUCCGGAUGGUGUUACAGAUUUUCAGAGAUCACAAGUUGUAUGCCAAUCAGAAGAAGUGUUCUUUCGGAUUGAGCCAAGUUGAAUAUUUUGGACAUAUUAUUUCAAAGCGAGGAGUGGCUACGGAUGGUACAAAGAUAUAA